AUGAUACGGCGCGCCGUCGGAUUUUUCAGUGAAAUAGUUUCACCGAACGGCGUCGGCGGCGGUGACGGCAACGUCUGCGCCGGCGCAGGUCGAUGCCCCCGCCCGCCACGCGAUUUGGCUCAACUCGCCGCAUCCACAAAUGAACCGUCCUCGCCAAUAUUAGUACCCCAACAACUGACGUCAUCUAAUAUUUCACGAAAAUCUAUAAAUGGGCAUCAGAGA